CCGAAACCGAAUGGAUCCAACCGAUAACCGAACGGAUAACCGAAAGCCCAUGCCUAAUUUGAAAGGUUUAGGGUUUAUUGGUGUGUAUGUAUAUUUUAAUUUUGAUUUGUUAGAUUAAUUAAACUUUUUAAAAUAAUGUGUUGAAAUUUGAUUGGUUGGUGCAAAGAAUAAUGUAGUGGUUGACUAAAAAAGUCGUUAGACACACCUUUCUUUAAUUACGGAGCCAGCCCCAGCUUUAUCCACGGGUGGUAUUUCGGGUCGGGUCAAACCGGUAAACGAAAUCGGAAAACUCGCCGGAAGAAUAUGACUCCUCCUCCUCCGACAACAACCUACACAUCAAUUCCACUUCCUACCGGCGAUGUCAUCUCUCGAUCAAUCCAUAAUCUCACUUCCGCUAUCUCUCGCCACCGUCCCUGGUCAGAACUAGUCUUCUCCGGCGAUUUCUCUCUCCCGGAGAGCUUCUCCUCUCUUCUCCUCCGAUCAAAGACGAAUUUCAACUACUUCUUCGUCAACUACACGAUCGUCGUCGCCACUUGCGCAGCGUUCGCUCUCAUCACAGCUAGUCCCGUCGCGUUAAUCGUCGUCGGCGUAAUCAUCGUUUUGUGGCUUCUCUUUCACUUCUUCAGAGAAGAUCCACUUAUUCUCUGGAGCUUUCAGGUCGGUGAUCGUACGGUGGUGUUGUUUCUAGUCCUGGCUUCCGUUUGGGCCGUAUGGUUCACUAGCUCCGCCGUGAACUUAGCGGUUGGUGUCGGCGUUGGCUUGCUAUUGGGCAUUACUCACUCUGUUCUUAGAAACUCUGAUGAGCUUUUCCUUGAGGAAGAUGAUGCUGUUAACGGAGGCUUGAUCGGGCCUAAUCUCCAGUGACAUAUGUUUAAUUUUUAGUUUAAUUUUUGUUUGGUUUAUUGUGAUUUGUGAAAUUGAGUGUGAUUUAAAAUCUGAUUACUUGUUUGUUUUUGUUUGAUUGCUUCUCACAGUGAAGGAACCAACUUGCUCUAUCCAUUUUUCUUCACAUGAUGUAACAUCUGAUUUUCAGAUACAAUGUAUCAAGCGAUAUAUCUCACAGCAGCUUUUACAAGCUUGAGACCAA